AUGCGCCUGGACACAUGGGGUGCGACAUUGGAGGAUCCCUUGCCAAAAUGGUACCGCUUUCCGGAAUGUUUCGGCACGAGCGGUCGGACGCAAAACCACCUGGAGAUGACCAUUGAGGCGCAGGGGAAGAAGUAUGUCCUGCGCUUCAUCUCCGGUUCGACGUCGCAGCUGGAGAUGGCGGUCGCCCACUUGGGCGACCGCCGGCGUGACUUCGGCCGCAGAAACUCCGAACCCAAUCUUUUUGAUCCUGAGAUGCUGGAGCCAGAGAAGCCGGAUCCGUGCCCGGAUCAGCACGCUGAGUCGGAAGACGCUGACGGGCCAAGGUUUGCGCGGACGUUUUCGAGCUGGUCCGAUGAGGUGUUCACGGCCUCGGACCGCCCACACCGUCGAAUGGCCACCGCGGGUGGCGGUGCCUGUAAGUUUGCGCCGCUGUUUCGCGAUGCCUUGCGGGUGGAGCUGGAGCCUGUCCGGGAGAUGUCUGCUAUGGUAGAUGGGCUCCUUCUGCUGGCGCCGCCACAGUGCCUGACAGGCACAGACGGCACGGGAGGCAGCAGCGGAGAUGGCACGCAGCAAGACAUCUUCACCAUCACUGAGGAUGGCGCAACUGUCACAAAGCCAUGGCCCCAGCCGCUGUUUCCGAUGAUCUUGGUCAUCAUGGGAACCGGUGUUUCGAUCCUCCGCGUGGACUCUGCAGCUCCCGGCGACUUCGUACGCGUCGGCGGCACAGCCUGUGGUGGAGGCUCAUUCUUGGGCCUUGCACGCAUGCUUACCUCUGCGAAGAGCUUCGACGAGGCUCUCAUCCUUGCUGCGGACGGCAACGCGCAGAAUGCGGACAAGCUCGUCAGCGACAUCUAUGGGGAAGACGGUUGCCUGACCCUGGGCUUGCCUGGCAACCUCACAGCCUCGAACUUCGGAAAGCUUGGCGAGAUGAGUGAAGCAAAAUGCUCAGAGCGAGAUUUGGCCCGAUCUCUGUUGCAAAUGGUCACGCAGCAAUCUGUCCUUCUGGCUUCCGCACACGCGAAGAUGGCGGGCUGCAUUGAUCGGGUGUUCUUCGCCGGAGGCUUCGUGGACGAGAAGAACUGGAUUGCGCGCAAGGUCCCUGCCCCUCUGUAG